AAAAGAAGUGAGAUCGACUGGAACGGCGGUAGAGGAGAAGGUCUGUUUGUUGUAUGCAGUCCCUCUAACACUAAUCGUAAACGAGAUGGGGCAACGACGGCGGCGGUGGAAUGGAGGUGCAGCCCCAGCGCAGCUGAAUGUCAGGCCGGUGCCUGAGAUCUGGAUUUAGAUUCCAAUCCAGCAUUGAAAACUGGUGUGAGCAACGAUGACUGAAUAUGGAAUAAAGUGGGCUUGUGAAUAUUGCACAUAUGAAAACUGGCCCUCUGCAAUCAAAUGUACCAUGUGUCGUGCGCCAAGACCUACUGGCACUAUAAUUACUGAAGAUCCAACCAGGGGCAGCUCAAGUGAUUUGAAUCAAGUGUGGGAUACCCCAAGUAUAGAGGGUGGCAGCAGCCCUUUGAUUUGUCCAGACUCUAGUGCUAGACCAAGGGUUAAAUCAUCCUACAAUUCAGAAAGUACAAGCAAGUGGUCAUGCCACAUGUGUACAUAUCUGAAUUGGCCAAGAGCAAUAAGAUGCACUCAGUGUUUGUCCCAACGUCGGACUAGAAGUCCUACAGAAUCCCCCCAGUCAUCUGGUUGUAUUUCAAGACCAGUUCAGGCUUCUCAGGAUCCAUGUGAAGAAUAUAAUGACAGGAACAGACUGAAUACAAAAGCAUUGCAUUGGACGUGCACAGCUUGCACAUACGAGAACUGUCCCAAGUCUCGGAAGUGUGUAGUCUGUGACUACCCUAGACCUAACAAUUUGGAAGCAAUUGAAUUUACAGAGCCAGAAGAAGCUUCAUCAUUGAUAAAUGAGCAGGAUAGGGCUCGAUGGAGGAGCAGUGUUGGUGGUGGCAAUAGCCAAAGGAGAUCUCCUCCUGUACCUAAACGUGAAUCUGCGAUGAAAAUGGACUUUCAAAGAAUUGAGUUGGCACCUGGGGCAGUAGGCAGUAAAGAAGAGUUGGAAGUGGACUUCAAAAGACUCAAACAAAUAAAGAACAGAAUGAAAAGAUCAGAUUGGCUGUUUCUCAACGCUUGUGUUGGUAGGUCAUAAUUAAAAUUUUGUUUAAUAUUUUUGUAGUUUUCCAAUAAAUAAGCUAUUCACAAAUGAGUAUCAUGCACAAUUUUAAGAACAUUGGGGAGAAAUGUGAAGAUA